AUUUAAGUUUUUAUUUUAUGUCCGAGUCCGACCAUUAAUGAAUCCCACCUCCGGCAGCUAUUUUAUAAAAACUCUCAUCUUUCUUCUUUAAGAUCAGAACCUUUUCUAUUCUCUGGUUUUUUUCUGCAAACCCAUGUCGAGUUCUUCCGGAUUCUCUCGGGUUUCUUCUCAGAGAUCGGCAUCGAACUCGCCGGAGAAGCGAGGUUUUGUUCCCGUCGGUGGUAUGUUGGUUUCCGGCGGGGAUCUGAAUACGGGUUUCUCAGCCUGUCGGCGGCGGAAAAACGGGUCGGCGCCGGAAUUCUUCUUUCAGCCGGAAAAAAUGGUGAAUCGGAAGUCUUUGGAUUUGUUCCCUCAGCAAGCUGGAUUUGGUGUCUCAAACGACGUCGAUUCGAGUGUCUGUAAAUCGGCCAUGGCGGCGCCUCAAACGUCCCAAAUGACGAUUUUUUACGCCGGCCGAGUUUUUGUGUUCAACAAUGUUCCGGUGGACAGAGUCGGUGAAGUUAUGUUUCUGGCCGGCCGAGAGAGCUCCAAGAACGCCGCUAACCAGCGGGUAUUGGUCGAAACUCCGACUGAUUCGUUGAGCUCCACUUCCCCUGCUUCCUCUCGCAACCAAACUCCACCACCGCCGCCGCCACAGCCGCAGCCCGUUACCGGUGCUCUUCCGAUGGCUCGUAAAGCUUCGAUUCAGCGUUUCUUGGAGAAGAGAAAAGACAGGCUGACUGCCAGAGCGCCGUACCAGGGCAUCCCGACGGCAAGCAAGAACGCCGGCGACAACUCGUGGCUGGGUUUGGCUGUGCAGCCAUAACUUUAAUGGUGCUUUUUUUUAUAUAUAUUACCAAGUAUUGUGAAAUCUAGUUGAGCUGUUUUGUAUUAGGGUUCUUGUUUUGGGUUACAGAAAGACUCGCCAUUUUUGCAUAGACCUCUGUUUUGUUCUCUGUUCUUCUGGUGAAGAAGCUUGCAGAGGCCAUGGCUGCUUCUCUCUUAACCAUGACAACUCCUUGAUCCAUAGCUUUUAAAACUAUUAUUAAUAUUUCCCAUUUUGUAA